AUGAAUCGAAAUACCUUGGCUGGUAGUUUUGAUCAAAUUCGUUUAAGGCCUACCGUUGUCCAGGUUCGUACAUCAGACGGUCGUGUGUCGCUGACUGAUCGUAACGGCAUUGUAAUAUCAACAACAACCGAUCCAACUAAUGAAAUAUCACAAUAUGGAUUUAUUGUUAAUAACAACCCAGAUUUACAAAUUGGUGAAGUUACUGUCCACGGUUCUACCUAUUGUUUCGGUAAGACUCAUUAUCAGUUGAUUGGAGUCUUUGUAGGUUCACAAGACGCUGCUGAUGAUUUAAGUGUCCUUCAAUCAAAAGGAAUUACACAUAUCGUCAAUUUGAUUAGCAACAUUCUCCCAAACAAAUUUCCCGAUCAAUUUGAGUACCUGUCUUGUGUUUUAUACGAUAACUUAGAUUGCGAUCUAUCUCCAGUCAUUGAUUCCUGUUGCAAUUUCAUUAGACAAAAAGUCGAACCUGUUCAGGGCCGUGUUUUUAUCUUCUGUAACGCCGGUGUUUCUCGAGCCCCCUCAGUUCUCAUGGGUUGUCUUAUCAAGCUUCACCAAUUAUCUUAUGAUUUAGCUUAUGAACUCCUUAACAACGCACGGAACAUUUCUCCGAAUCUCAACUUUAAGGUCCAACUUCGUAAUCUCGCCCCUCAUGCCCUUACGAAUGGGGUAUAA